AUGUACCCCGCCCUGCCCCUCAAACACCUGGCAUACUAUGUGCUUUGCCUUUGGAUCUGGGUGCGCCAGACCGCGCUGGAGUGGCGGGACAGGGCCAAGCAGGCCCUGCGGUCCCAUGCCCCAGUCCUGUUCGCCAGGCUGGGGGGCCUGGUGCCCACCCGAGGCGUGAGCCCUCGACCCCCCACCGUGCUGGGCCUCAUAGUAACCGACUUCUCCCCCCAGACCCACUUCCAGGCCCUGGCCCGCAUCCUAACCUGGGCCCACUUCCAGGGGUACAAGGCGGUGCUGGUGUACGACCCGUCUGGGUCGCUCAAGGAGCAACGGGCGGCGCUGGAGUCCCAGCCCCAGCUGGCCACGCUGCCCGGCACACUCAACAUCCAAGCGGGCUGGGGGGGGCCGCCCCUGGACACUGUCCCCGGCGUCCAGGAGAGCGUGACCUCCCACGAGACCCGGGUCGUGCUGCUGGCCGCCGAGGACAGCGAGUGGCCGCUGGACGCGGCCGCGGCGGGGUGCGGCGCGGAGGCCAAGGCCGAGUCGGCGAACGCCGCGCCGGACACCCCGCCGCGCACCCACAGCGACAUGCUGGCGCAGGCGCUGGCGGCCCCCGACCGGCUGCGUCGCCGGCUGGUCACGGCGGCGGGCCCCGCAGCAGGCCUGGACCCGGACUUCCUGGUAGUGUUUGGGCCGGUGCUGGGGCUGGGCGGGUUCCCCGCCUGGGCGGCGCGCUCCUGCGAGAUCUACUUUGGCGGCCCGCUGUGCCAGGCGUCUGGCUCCAAGCUGCAGAGCAUCCUGAGGCGGCACGCCCGCACCAAGCUGCGGCACGGGCGGUGA